AUGGAGAAGGUGGUUCCAGGGCAAUCAACCCUCUGGGUGCGGAAGCCGGAGGGAGGAGCCGGGGCCGCAGAAGAAACUACGUUUCGGGCGGGCCUCCGCGGCCUCUCCUAUGCGGGUAGCGCCCGGAAAGGGCCCAGCAGGGCCAGGGAACCCGGCGCCUCUGCCCGGACCGCGGCGCUGCGGCGCCAUCUCGCGCCUGUUCGUCUGCCGCCGGGCGACAGCCCGGAAACCACACCUCCCAGCCUGCCUAGCGCGUCCGCGCAGGCGCGAAGAGCCUCUUUUUUUUCGUUACCAGGGGAACGUCCCGCUCCCGCGAACGGGUGGUUGGACCCUGUGGAGCGCCAAGCUGUUGCUCACGCUCAGGUGCCCUGGCGUCAGGUCCGGGUCAGCCGACUGCUGAGCGGGCAGAGCGGGAGCCUGGGGAGAGGAGACCAGGCGGCCCUGCCUCCCGCGACCAGUGCUUCUAAAUGCUCGGUGCCGGGCGUCCGCGCGCUCCUGGGGCCUCGGCGUUCGGAGGCGAAGGGGCCCGGGGAGGCCCGGGUUGGCGAGGCCACGUCCGGCUCUGGCCUGCGCGGCCCCGCUCGUUCCACGCCAGCGCUUGUCACCCCCGGCCGAGGGCGGGCGCGCCGCCGACAGGCACUCCCGGGGCGCAGGCCGCCUCGCGUCCACCCUGGAGCCCGGCUCUUCCUCCCCGUGCUGCCUUCUCCUGUUUGCUCCUGCUCCCCGGGUUCAGGGACUGGGGUUGCUGCUGUGAUGCCGGUUCGAUCCCUGGCUGGGGAACUUCCGCAUGCGUGGGUGCAGCUGAAAAAUUUCUUUUGUCAGCCGAUCGACAUCCUCACCGUUUGUGACUUCCUGCGUUUAGGGCCCUGGCUCCAGGGGGCCAUUGUACAAUAUGCACCUGUUACCUGUGAGCAGUUAGCCCAUGACUGACCCAGCGGCUCUUCCCCUGGGUGUCCUGACCUGCUGACGGACGUCCUCUGACCGCUGACUGCUGCUGCCUCAAGCCAGCAUCUUACCUCUAUGGUUUCCCUUAACCUUGCCGAUGUUCUUAUCAGGAUAUUUGAUUAUUCCCCAUUUUCCAGCUAGGGAAACUGGAGAAUGGCGAGCUCUAAAUCACCGUUCCACAGUCACUCAGCCAGCCGGGUGUGGACCUGGGAUUUGAGUCCAGGUCAUCCCCUGACCAGCUCCUGUCUCCCCUUCACGUGCUCAUUUGUGCUGGAGAGGGAGGAAUAGAGUCGUAGCUGAGACCUGUGACUCGGCCUCCGCGUAUCGCCCUCCCUAGGAGAUGAAGGGUAUUGAGAAUGUGAGGGUCACAGUUGGGGGCUCCGGCAGGCGGCCACAGGGGGAGGACCUGGGGAGGCUGAGGGCUGAAUGCGAGGGCCUUGGAGAGAGCCCUGGGGGCAAGAUGGUUAGCGUUGCCCGUGGACAGACCCAUGACACCAUGAAAGUACUCUGGAGAGGAGUUCCCGCUGUGGCACAAUGGGAUCAGGGGCAUCUCUGCCGCACCAGGACGCAAGUUCCAUCCCCAGCCCAGUGGGUUAAAGGAUCUGGCGUUGCCGCAGACUUCCCCAUCCCUUCACAUGCCACGGGGCGGCCAAAAAAGAAGAGAAAAGGGAGAUAAGUAAUCUGAAGUCGGGUGGCAGAGCAAAGGCUUGGGAGGAGGAGGAAGCUAAGCAACAGACAAGACAGCGUGGGGGAAGCCUGGAGGAGGGCUGGGUGGUGGGCCUUUCUUAGGGUCCCCCUUCCCAAGCUCUUGGCCCCUGCUGAGCUGAGCUGACCUCCCCCGGCAGGUGUGGGAGCCAGGAAGGGAAGGCCAGGAGAACAGGGAUGAGGGCCCGGGGGGCGAGGGGCGCGAGGCUGAGCAAAGACAUGAUGUUCUGGGGCAAGCAUUUUAUUUGUUAAUACAAGAAUAGAAAUUCUGCAAUAAAUAUCAUCU